AUGAAUAAUUUUAUUUACGUAAUAGAUGGAUUUUAUAAGCCGGAAAUAUACUAUACAGAUACUGAUAUUUUAUACAUUUCGCCUAGCAAUUGGGAUAAAUUAAAUGAAGCUGGGUUGGUGUCCGAAAAUGAUUAUUGUAAAGGAAAGAAUGAUUACGAUGAUGGUGGAAUUAUAUAUGGUUUAUAUUUAGCGCCAAAAGUUAAAUACAAUAUAAUUCUAACUUCCGACGGUAUUCUAAAAGAAAAGAAAACGUUUAAGGGUUACUCUAAUGAUAAGAUAGCUGUAGAAGAUCAUAUUCGAUUAGCUAGUGAAUUUAAGAAACCAUGGGAAAAAAGUUUCACCAAUGGAGUAGUUAUUUUAAAGGAUGAUGAUAAACAAAAGAAAGUUUUUAGAAGUUAUCCGAAUCUCGUAAAGAGAGAAGCACCGGACGAUGAAGGAAUCAUGUAUCCUUAUAGUGAUAAAGAUGACUUGAGUUUGGAUGAAAACUAUGAAUUUGAUGAUUUCUAUCUAACUAUUCAAGAAGAGAAUGAAGAGUGUUAA